AUGGCAGAGGAUGAACUUCUCUCAUUCUGUACUAAAUCAUGUGAUACAUUACUGAAUUGUGGUCACCCUUGUGUAGGCUUUUGCCGCUGGUGUUUUGACAUUGGAAUUCAUGCAUUUUGUAUUGAAAAAUGUGAAUUGAUGUUACCUUGUGGUCAUAAAUGUCAAGGUUACUGUGGAAGUCCUUGUCCACCAUGUGAGAGAAAAUGCUAUUUAUCUUGUCCUCAUGGUGCAUAUUGCAUUAAUAAAUGUAUUCGACCAUGUGUAGAAUGUAAUGAAAAUUGUGUGAGAAGUUGUGAUCAUAUAAAAUGUACCAAUAAAUGCUUUGAGGAGUGUACAGUUGGUCCAUGCGUUGUAGCGUGUAGCGCAAUUUUACCAUGUAAUCAUAAGUGCAUUGGUUUAUGUGGAGAUCCAUGUGUAUGUUUGGAAUGCAAUAACUGUGAAUUUUCAGUCGGUGAUAAUUGCGUUUUACUUGAAGAUUGUGAACAUAUAAUUGAAGUUAAUAGGUUGAAUGAGCACAUUGAAAUAUGCUUGUUUUCUUUUGAUUGGCCGAAUUGUCCUCUUUGUGGUGUUCCUGUUUCUAACAGCAGGCGAUACAAAACCGAAUUACUAAAAGCUAAAAAAUUCGUUUUGAAAAAUUGUGAUACUACUGGUGAAUUAAGUAAAGUGUAUUAUCGUUUCAAUUCGAUAUUUGGUAGUCAUUGUUCCGUUCCGUCCACUUUUUUUGAUGUGCGCAGAAAGAUUUCAGAGAUCCUAAAGAGAGAUGUACCAUCUUCUGCUUCAUUACUGAUUUUGAAAAACUGUAUAAUACGCCUGAGUGAUCUUAUACAUGUCAGCGAAAGGCUUAAUGAAUUUUUUGAUGAAUAUUUGAUAAAUCGCUUCGAAACCUUACUUUUAUGGAUUUGCAGCCAUCUAACGAAUGCAAGUUUUCAGCAGCUGUAUGAACUCGAAAAAGCUGUUAAAGAACUAAUAAACAUUAUAUAUGCUUAA